AAGAAAACGAAGAAGAAGAAGAAGACCCUCGUAGCAAAGCAGGAGGUGGGAUGGUGUUGUUGUGUAGCUAAAGUUGCUGGUUUGAUGGCGGGUUGUGGUGCUUUAGGGCAACGUGUGAAUGUCUGUGGUGAAAAGGUGUUGGGUUGAGCCCCAGAGAGAGAUUAGCAACGAGCAGAAAGUGCUGCUGAAGAAAGAUUGACGGAGUUGAAAGAAGUCUUGGUGGAGCCGGAGGAAGAGAUGGAGGAUGAGCGCAGACUGCUGGAUUUCAGCCGGAUCCCCCUGAUAAUCUUACAGCGAAUAGGUUCCCAAAAGUAUUAUGUCUGUAAAGAUGAGGGGGUUCAGUCUGAGCUCAGCAACCUAGAGGGAAACUCCACUUUAGAUGAAGAGGAACCAGAACAUGGGCAGAUAAAAGAGGAAACAGAAGAACCAGAACUUAGGCAGAUAAAACAGGAGCAAGAGAUCCCGGAACCUCUGUGGAUGAAGGAGGAGAAAGAGGAACAAGAACAUCAACAGUUUAAAGAGGAAGAGAGGCAACUCUGCAUCAGUCAGGCUGAAAAGCAACUAGUGCUGAAACAGGAGACGGAUGAUAUAUUAAUUGUUCCUUUUAUUGUGCAAAGACUCUCCAAUGAAACAGAACAGAACAGGAACAAACUCAUCUCUCAGCCAUCCCCUGAAUUUGAGAACCUGGAUCAGGAGGAAAACAAUGAAGAACCAGAAAAGAGGAGAGAUGAGCAGGAGGAAAAUGAGAAAACCACGUGGCAGAAUGGCACUGCUGACAUCUCCAAACAAACUUACCACAUGAGAACUCACAACGAUGAGAAACCUUUCUCGUGUCUUACCUGUGGAAGGAGUUACAAUUAUAGAAGAAGUUUAACUUUUCAUCUGAAAACUCACACUGGUGAGAAGCCUUUCACUUGUGAUACCUGUGAAAAAAGUUUUACAAAAAAACAUAAUUUGGCACGUCACAUGAGAACUCACACAGGGGAGAAGCCUUUCUCAUGUGCAAACUGUGGAAAGUGUUUCAGUGAUAGAAGUAGUUUAACUUAUCACAUGAAAACACACACGGGUGAGAAACCUUUUUCAUGUACAACCUGUGAAAAGAGUUACAGUGAUAGAAGUAGUUUAACUUAUCACAUGAGAACUCACACAGGAGAGAAGCCUUUCUCAUGUGUGAUCUGCGGAAAGAGUUACAGUUUUAGAAGUGGUUUAACUUAUCACAUGAGAACCCACACAGGCGAGAAGUGUUUCUUCUGUGGGACCUGUGGAAAAACUUAUUGUCGAAAAAGUGAGUUAACGGUUCACAUGAGAACUCACACUGGUAUGAAACCUUUCUCAUGUGUGACCUGUGGAAAGAGUUACAAUAAAAGAAGUACUUUAAUUUAUCACAUGAAAACUCACACAGCUGAGAAGCCUUAGAAACAAAGUGAGCAAUCUUUGAAACAAAUCUAUGCUAAUGUGUUUUAGGUUGUGUUUUAAGGGAUAUACAAACUUUAAAUUCAAUAAAAUUUUAUUUCUUUAGCGCCAAUUCAUGAAACAUGUCAUCUCAAAGCACUUUCCAAAGUCA